AUGAAGACCGAUCUAUUUCGUUGCAGCGGAAAGCCUGAUAUUUCUGAAGUUAGUACUCGACGUAAGCGUAACUUGGCUUCAAACGCUGUAUCGUACAAACUAACUCAUCCUGAGCUCCACCGCUCUCACAAGAGACUUAAACUAUCAGACUCUUCAUCAUACAAGGAGAAUUCUUCUUCUGACUACGAUACUUCAAAUAUGCAACGUACACGUCGAAGCCAACGACCUCUUGCCGCCCAUAAUCAGCUUGAUUCUAUCCAGGAAUCCACACCCGAAAUAUACAGAGUACCCCUUACCCGCAAAAGAUCUGCCUUACUCAGUUCAGCAUCUCAUGCUCUAUUGCGAGGACCUAGAACUCGAUUAUCAGAGAGUGCACGUUCUAGUCCUAGAAUUACUCCUAGGCAAAAAAGAGCUAGACGUGCAAGCGUUGAUACUCUGCCUUUUUUCGAAAUACCAAUCAACAAUGCUAUCCAUGAAUCAGACUCUUCUAUGCCUACCCACUACACACGAUCCAGGAAGCGUUCAGCUACUAGUAUAUCAAGUGAAGCUACAACUGAGGAAAACAACACUUCCACCUCUCAACCCUCUCCUUCUUGCACUAUCCCUCUUGCCUCUGAUCAAAUCGAUUCUUGGUUCUCCCCUCGCCGUUUCAAAACGAUUGAAAAAGACCAAGCCGCUAAAAUGAAGCGACUUAAUACAAGAAGAAUGGAGUUUGGAGAGGACGAUAUCAACGGUGCUGAUCAAUCUAGUUUCAUGGAGGAUUCGAUUCUUGUAAGCUAUCGAUGA